CUGUCUCGGUGGCACCAGCUGGCAGAGCUGGGGAGAUGGCUCCGGGGCCCGGGCUGCGGCGGAAGAGCGGCCCUCCGGCCUGGGCGCCGGUGCUGGUCCCGGGCGUGCUGCGCGGGGCCUGGCGGGGGAAGCGGCGCCUCCUCUUCGAGGCCCAGUACACGCCCUUGGUGGCCGCCUGCCUCUGCCUGGCCGAAGCCGGCCUCUGCCCCUGGGUCAUCCAGAGGGUCCCCUAUACAGAGAUUGACUGGAAGGCCUACAUGGACGAAGUGGAGGGUGUUGUCAAUGGGACUCUGGAUUACACGCAAUUAAAGGGAGACACAGGACCUCUUGUGUACCCUGCUGGCUUUGUUUACAUUUUCCUAGGUUUCUAUUACAUGACUGAUCAUGGCACCAACAUCCGCCUGGCCCAGUACCUUUUUGCAGGGCUUUACCUCACUACACUGUUUCUGGUUUUCCGCAUCUACAGCCGAACGAAUAAGGUUCCUCCCUAUGUCUUCUUCUUCAUGUGCUGCGCUUCCUAUCGCAUCCACUCCAUUUUUGUCCUGCGCCUCUUCAAUGAUCCGGUGGCCAUGGCAAUCCUCUUUCUGGCUAUCAACCUCUUCCUGGAGGAUCACUGGUCCUGGGGCUGCUUCUGUUUCAGCUUGGCUGUGUCUGUGAAAAUGAAUAUUCUGCUCUUUGCGCCAGGUCUCCUUUACCUCCUCCUGUGGCGCUUUGGCCUGCUUCGUGCCAUUCCCAAGCUUGCCAUCUGUGCUGUCUUACAGGUGGUUUUGGGGUUGCCCUUCUUGGUGGUGAACCCCGCCGGGUACUUGACCCGCUCCUUUGACCUGGGCCGCCAGUUUCUCUUCAAGUGGACGGUAAAUUGGAGAUUCUUGCCAGAAGAGGUUUUCCAACACCGGGCCUUCCACCUGGCCCUGCUGGUUGCCCACCUGGCUGCCCUCGGGCUCUUUGCACUCAACAGGUGGCACAGGUCAGAUGAAAGUAUCCUGUCGCUGCUGAAGGAUCCCUCAGAGAGGAAGGCACCUCCACAGCCGCUCUCUACCAAUCAGGUAGUCUUUGCUCUCUUCACCUCCAACUUCAUUGGCAUUUGCUUUAGCCGCUCUUUGCACUACCAGUUCUACGUCUGGUAUUUCCACACUUUGCCCUACCUGCUCUGGUGUACGCCUACCAAGACGCUCGCCCAGCUCCUCAGGGUGCUCAUCCUGGGCUUGAUAGAGCUCUCUUGGAACACGUAUCCCUCAACGGUUUACAGCUCGGCCGCCCUCCACGUUUGCCACGGCAUCAUCCUCCUGCAACUGUGGUACGGGACGGCAUCCUCCCCGGACUCCCAGAAAGAGAAACAGCCUUUGAAAAAAGCAGAAUGACGUGAACAGCCUUUGACAGGGAAGGCCAGGAAACAAGGGAGCCUCUGCCUGGGUUGGACAUUACUCUAGGAAGCCAGGAAGUACUUCCUGGAACCUGUUGCUCAGGUGUCGCAUUCGCCUUCUGCCCCCAAAACUGUCCAUUUUGACUGGAGAGAAGGUGGGAAAGAGUAGAUACCUGCUCGCAGCAAUGUCGGACACUUUCAAUAAAAAUAUCCCAGGCUUCUUACCCUCUUA